GGUAUUGAAGUGUAGUAAAAUACGACCACUAGUGAAGUACCACUAAUAAUUCACAAAUACUUUUAAAUAUUUUUAUUUGUGCCAGAAGUCACAGUUUAGGAACAAAUUUGUAUGCCUCAGUACCACCCUCCAGUGAUUGCAGCAGGACACCAUUACUUUAUUGUUGUUAGAAAUCUUUAUGUGUGUGGGAUGCAAAGCAUCGUCAACGACCCGAGCGACUAGAAUUUGACUCUAAUGACACAAUAAUUACACAAAUGCGAACACCAAACAGAGCCAGCGACAUGUUUCCCUACCUGAGGAGUCCGGGGCAGCGCUUUAACCUCCAACUGCUGCAGGAGGCAGCUUACCGUGAGCUUGUACAACACUUGGAUAGGAUCGAGGGCUCGACAAUCAUCGUGCUGGACGAGGCAAUGAUUGGACCGUUCGAGCUAGUAACUAAGCCAAAAUUCUUUGCUGACCGAGGCAUUAGGCUUGUGGCUCUCAAGCCGGACUUGGUCUUGCCGAAAGAUAUUAGAAACAUCGUCUACGUUUUGCGACCGAGAGUCUCGCUUAUGGAUCAAUUGGUGGGUCACGUCAAAGCGUAUGGUCAGGUCGCUGGGCGCCAGUUCCAUAUUCUUUUUGCGCCACGACGGUCUUGCCUAUGCAUUAACCAGUUACAGAACAAAGGCGUGAUCGGCAGCUUCGGGCGCAUUGAUGAGCUGUCCUGGAGCUUUCUUCCGCUAGAUGCGGACGUGGUGACAAUGGAGUUACCCAAUGCCUAUCGCGACGUAAGCAUCGAUGGCGACACAAGCUCUCUGUACCAGGUUGCUAUUGGUCUCGUUCAGCUGCAGCGCCUUUAUGGCCGCAUUCCAAAGAUCUACGGAAAGGGUGUCCAGGCUCAGCGCGUCUGGGAUCAAGCCAAACAUUUGGGAAUGGAGGAGAAGUCGCUGUACAACGGCGACAAAGGGGCCAUCGAUCAAUUGAUACUGCUGGAUAGGGGCAUCGACCUGCUCAGCCCCCUGGCCACGCAGCUCACCUACGAGGGCCUCAUCGACGAGUUCUACGGCAUUCGGCAAAACAAGCUAAGCCUUCCUGCCGAUUUGUUUUCCUCCGAUAAGACAGCAGAAGGCCGUAGGCCCGAAGAACACUUGCUCGAGACAUCGGAGAAGAAAACCAUCCUGAUGCACUCUGGAGAGCAGUUGUAUGCGGAGCUGCGCAACAAAAACUUUAACGAAGUGACUAAACUGCUUGCCCGCAAGGCCAGGGAGAUCCACACCCAGAUGCACGCCACAUCACAGGACAAGACCGUGCAGGAGAUUAAGUCCUUUGUGGAGAACGUAUUACCCCAGCUGAUGGCCCAGAAGAAGUCCACCUCAGAGCACACGACCAUAGCCGGCCUUAUCCAGGAACAGGUGAACAAUACCACCUUCACAGACGACCUGGCUGCCGAACAAGAGUUCAUGGUCUGCGCCGACAUUGACAAGCCAAGUGCCUACAUCGAGGAUAAAAUAGCCAGCAAGGCCGACCUACGCAACGUGAUGCGCCUUAUUUGCUUGCAGUGUGCCGCCGCCUCCGGUUUGAAGGACAAGCUGUUGAACCACUACAAGCGUGAGGUGGCUCAAGUCUAUGGUCUGGAGGUAUUGCUCACCUUCAGCAACCUAGAGAUGGCCGGUUUGCUGCAUCCGCAGACGGAUUCUCGGGCAUAUGCUGUGCUGAGAAAGACGCUACAUCUAACCGUAGAAGAUAAUGCUGAGGUAGAUCCGAAGGACAUAAGUUAUGUGCACAGCUUCUACGCUCCGCUGACCGCUCGCCUGGUGGAACUUUCUCUAAAGCCUCUGGGCUGGCAGACACUGAAGAGCCAGAUUAACAAUUUGCAUGGGCCGACCUUCGAGGACUUCCAAGCGCAGCUAAUCGGUAUAGGCGGUCGGAACGCGGGCUCCACGGUUAGCGAGGGCUCGCUGCUGCAUGUUCCGCGAGUUGUAUUAGUCUGCUUCGUAGGAGGAUGCACGUUUGCGGAGAUUGCUGCCCUGCGCUUUUUAGCCGACCAGGAGGAUAACAAUGUAGAGUUCCUGAUCGCCACCACCAAGAUCAUUAACAAAAACACAUUCCUUGACAGCCUGAUGAGCACCUGAACGCACCGCUUCAAGGUCUCGUUCACGGCCACUUAUCGACUGUGUUUUGGUACGCAAUCGGCGCCUUAAAGAGAAGCCUUUAAUGUAGUUUUCCAAAGACUUUCAGCUGUAUAAAAAUAUCUUUCUAUCGUCUAAUCAUAUAUUACAUUUAUAAAAAAUUGGCAUGCUUAAUAAUAAGCAUAGCAAUAAAACCAUGUACAUAUUUAUCAA